AUGUUAGUGGAGAGUCCAAUAACAUCGAAACCUUCCGGUUUGUCGAGAUUAAGCGUUGGCGGGAGUAGCAAUAGUUCAAUACGAAGAAGAAGUUUGGUUUCACAAACUCGUGUUGCGAAUAUCAGAAAUGAGGAACGUAAUGAUGAUGACGCUGAGAGGUCAUCACUGGUGGCUUCAGAGCGAGCGGUGGCUACUUCAACUCCUCAAGCGUCCCCACGUCAGAGUAGAGAUACUAUGUCGUCUUCUCCACAGAAAGAACAUUUUCAGGGAUGCUUAAAACUUUAUGCGGAAAAUAAAAUCAACAAAGAUAAUGCAUGGAAUUUACAACUGAUUGACUUCAUGACGUCUAUGUUACGUAGACAUGAUGCACGUAUGGAUAAUCUUCAGACAGCAUCUACAGUGGUAGAUGCUUCGGCGAGAAUUUACUCAUUCCGUGUAGACGCUGUACAUUAUGAUGUUCUUAAAAUGGCAGGUGGAUUAAGUAAAGCGGCGCAGACAAAAAGGGGUAAAAAGGAUGAUGAGAAUGGCACUCAAGAUGAAAACCCUACAGAUGCAGAAACCGCUGCACCUAAGAAGAAAAAGAAAAGAUCCAAAGGGGCUGUAGCAGCAAACCCUGAAGUGUUCAAUGGAGAUUUUGAUGCUAAUGAUUAUGUUGAUCCAUUCUUUGAACGACUUGCGGCAACACAGGGUGAUGUGACAUCAUCAAACAGAGCUUUCAAUGCAACAUUGCCAAUACAUGAUAAAACAUUAGCCUUAAUAUUAAGGACAGAUGAUAUGUUUUUAGAGCCUAUAAAAGAGAACAUCCCAGAGAAUAUAGACUUGAAUGAGCGAGUAACAAUAGCAAAAAAGUUACUUCCAGCUUUUAGUGAGAAUGAUCAACUUUGUGAGCCCUUCGCUGGUUUCUCCAUCAGCAAUUGGGAUCCAGAGACUGAAGAUACGGACAAUCGUAUUACAAAUUGGGUAGAAGAAAACAGAUUGAAUUUGUCUCAACAAGCUCUUGCAUUUGAUGUUAAUGCUGAAGUUGAGCCUAUUCCACAAGAUGACGCCUUUAAUGACCUGCAAGAUGAUGAGCCUCUCGGGGGCAUCGAGAGUGAGGAGGAGGCUGACGUGGCCGUCGCCGCCUUCGUGGCGCGCAUCGCGCCCGCGCCCCUCGCGCGCCUCGCGGACAUGCGGCCCAGCGCGCCGCACCACUCGCGCCUCGAGUACUCCUACAGCGCCGCCGUCGUGUCCGCCUGGGCCGGGCCCGCGCACUGGCGCCUCAAGAACAACAGAGCAUCAAAAAUGUCCGAAAGAACGCAGUCAACAGCAGGCCGGCUAACCAUCGAAAGCAAGAAGCCUCCACGGACGAAGCGACAGUUGGACUUCUUAGGAGCCGGACUUGCGUUUGACGCCCGUACAACCAAUGUUCCAGACUAUGAACCAACACAACCAACGAAAAUUAUGAUCAGCAGGAAAACUCUAGCCACUGGACAUACUUGGAAUGAAACUAAUUUCAAAACACCUAUUGACAGAGGUCUUGACGAAUCACAUUUUCGUAAACUAUUUCUCCGUCAAAACGUAUUGAUGAUGAGAGAAAAAGAUACAGAGCUGGCUAAGAGUAGCGCGGAGCCAGUUACUGUUGAGGAGACAAAGGAGUAUGAUUACAACAAUGAGAACGAUGCCUCCUAUUGCCCUAAUAAUGUCCCGGACGGUGAUGAAUGGGGCAAUGAAGACGCCACUGCUGCUGGAGAAUUGCAUGACCAAGUUAAAGCAACAGAAACAGGGGAAAUCGGGGAUAUGAUAGAACCACCGACUAAGGUUGCGAAGAUUUUUAUACCGUACGCAAUGCGUGCAAAAAAGGUCGACAUGAAACAACUCAAGCACUGCACGUGGAAAAUGUUGACAGAAAAAACUCCAGAAGGCGAUAAAGAAGAUGUCUCAGAAACUACAUUCUUUUCAAUUUAUGCAAGACUACCACAAAAGUUAUCAACAGGCAUGAGGGAAUCGUUAAGUGUGCCACUAGCUUUACUAUCGGUUCUACAUUUGGCUAACGAAAAAGGCCUUAUAUUAGAAAAGAAAGAUGAUUUAAAAGAUAUCGGCAUAUUAGGCCUUAUUAAAAACUAAUGUCUAACGUAUGUUUUUAACUCGUAUAUACGAGAAAACAAAUAAUUUUAUAAUAAAAGCAUCGACUUUUUAUAUAAGCAUUUGUCUCGGACUUUGUUAUGCAGUUGCCAUAUUAACUUUUUUUUUGUAUUCAGAACCAGUUGGACGUACAUUUUGUAAAUAUAAUUUCGGUACUUUUGUUUAUUUCUACAUGUAACUAUGAAGUUAAUUCCGUCGUAAUAUUGUACAGACCUUUUUAUUUGUUGUGUAUCGUUUAUUAUCCAUAUUGAAUAAUAUAAAGAAAAAUAAAGAAUGAUAAUUAUGA